UGAUCAGAAUAAUAAUGGAAAUAGAGUAACAAAUUUUCACAUUCGGAACUGCUUCGGCUAUUAUCUAUAACAUAUCCGAAGACUGACGGAAAGGGCCGAGUAGUUGCGAUUGAAAUUUUCAUGAGAUAUGCAAGUACGCAUGCACGAAAAUGUUACUUUCGUUUUCACACUUCCGGUAUGAGAUUUGCAAGACGUCGUUGAUGAUGCUUUAACAAGGAUUAGACAACAAAUAGGAAAAUGUCACAGAUGCCAGAAAACCAUGUCAAUUUAUACCGUUUACAAAUUAUCAUUAUUGAUGGAGGCCUCCUUGUUGUCAGAAAUAUAACUGACCAGACACUGGCUGCUCAAGGCAUAACUCUUAGUUCAUGUUUGAAUCAAGAAAGGACAACAAUUACACGUUUGAGAACCCGCGGCAUUAUAACACAGGAACAAUAUGACGUAUUGUUUCCUACGGACGGUGAAGACCCAACUACGUCAGAGAUGGACUUCACGCUUAUCAUUUGUCUUCUAAGAUGCUUGAAGUGUUUUGGAUUGAAGGAAUUUGACUGGAGCAGAACACCCAUACCAUCAGAUGUAACAGUUGAGGCAGAUAUAUGUCGGUUAAAAUAUUAUCGACAUGAAAUAUGUCAUCUACCUACAACAACUGGUAUACAACCCAAUGAAUUUGUAACUUGGUGGAAUGACAUUGAGCAGAUACUUGUUCGACAAAGUUCUCCAGCUCUGAACAUCCAACAAAUAAUUGCCAAUUUCAAAGCCUGCCCUCUAGAUCCGGAAGAAGAGAAAAGGUUACAAGAAGAAGUAAAAAGGUGGAAGGACUAUGAAGCCAAUGUUGAUCGAUUGAAUGAGGAAAUGAAACAAGUGCAAACAGAUGUUAUUGAAGUGAAGAAAGAAGUAGAAGCAAAGUUUACUGGAGUGGAGAAUAAACUGGAGGCAAUAGAAAAACGACAAGAUGCAGAGAAAAGAAACCAUGUCGUCUCUUCUAUACAAUCAGAGGAGGAAAAAUAUCAAAAAAACAAGAAGAGUAAGUAA